AUGUCAGUCCCUGGCAUCUCAGCUACAGGAGUUCCUGUCCGGCGGUGCUAUACUCUUGAACACACGGCCCCCUUCUUCUCAAGACUUCUGGCAGAGAUAGCUAACCAAGGCAUGUGGAGGCCAUACCUUAAGCGGCUGAAGGCUGCUGAUUCCUGGAGGAACUACAAGUCGGCAGAUAAAGUAAUGGCCUAUGAGGGACAUAUGAUUCAACCGACCAACCUUUCACAAAAUGCCGUUCCUUCCAAGAUCGGUGCCAUCGAGAAACCUUUGAAGCCAGGUCAUGAGGACGCGGACGAUUGA